AUGAUGAGAGACGAUGCAGUCAAGCACAAAGAGCCUCCAGAAAUCAUCAUCGAUGCCAAAAAUAAGCGGAAAUACACUCGGCACCGAUUUUUGGGAAAGGGUGGUUUCGCGAAAUGCUAUGAGCUGAUCGACCAAGAAACUAAUGAAAUCUUCGCCGGGAAAGUUGUUCCUAAGGCGGCUUUAACGAAGGCUUCCCAAAAAGAAAAGAUGCAACAAGAAAUCAGUAUCCAUAGGACCCUGAAACAUGAAAAUGUUGUAGCUUUUCAGGGUUAUUUUGAAGAUCGUGAUUUCAUUUAUAUUGUUCUGGAGUUAUGCAAGCGUCGAUCCCUAUUAGAGUUACAUAAGCGGCGUAGAGUCAUUUCCGAACCGGAGGCGAGAUAUUUUCUUCGGCAAAUCGUUCAUGGCUGUCAGUACCUGCAUCGGAAUAAGAUAAUGCACAGAGACCUCAAACUUGCCAAUUUGUUUCUUAGUGAUGAACUGAUAAUUAAGAUUGGUGAUUUCGGGCUUGCCUCUCGGAUUGUGCACGAUGGGGAAAAAAAGAAGACCUUAUGUGGCACUCCCAAUUACAUCGCUCCUGAGGUCUUGACCAAGGGAGGGCAUAGUUUCGAGGUCGAUUGCUGGUCCCUAGGCUGUAUUUUGUACACAUUGCUUGUUGGCAAACCUCCUUUUGAAACGAAUGAACUCGAGAAGACCUACACAAGAAUUAAGCAUAAUGAGUAUCAGAUUCCAACCAGAGUUUCAACAUCUGCGUCCAAGCUCAUCCGGGCGUUGUUGCAUGCGGAUCCUGCUAAGCGCCCCAGCAUGUUCACGAUCCUAGACGAUGAUUUUUUCAAAGAUUAUAUACCUAAUUGUUUGCCAGUGACCGCCCUCACCACGUGCCCCAGAUUUGAUGUGAACAUACAAACCGGAAGGCGACCGUUAUCUGAUAUUAAUCCUCUUGAAGAUUUACCGAUCACCAGUGGUGGUGGGACUGUAUGUAAGCCCAGCGCCGCUCCGGUGGACGCUGAACCGGAUGACUGCUGGUUGCGGACAUUGAAGCAAGAGGUUCCGAAAAUUUUGGAGCCCAAUAUUCUGCAAGCCAUGGAGGAAAGCGAAGACCCUGCAUCAUGCCCUAUAUACUGGGUAAGCAAGUGGGUGGACUAUUCCGACAAAUAUGGUCUUGGCUAUCAACUGUGCGAUAACUCGAGUGGAGUUGUCUUCAACGAUGUCACUCGACUCCUACUGGCCGCGAAUUUGCAAAAUAUGCAGUAUAUUGAAGCAAACGGUACGGAGCGUUUCUACACCAAGUCGGAUCAUCCGGAAAGUUUGAUGAAGAAAAUUACCCUGUUGAAUUAUUUCAAGACGUAUAUGCAAGAAAAUCUGCUAAAGGCUGGAGAAAAUGCUGCCCGCCGGGAGGCGGACGAUAUGGCACGUUUACCAUUUUUGCGACAAUGGUUCCGAACACGGUCCGCUAUUAUUCUCCACUUGAGUAAUGGCACACUCCAAGUAAGUUCUGUCCACAUUUUACCUGCCUCACUCACUAUGGAUGGCUUUUCAUUGAGUCUACAAUUCCUACAUAAGUUUCGGUUUGAACAGAAUUCCUCAUUCGAAAUGGUUGUGGAAUCACGUUCGAGUCCAUUCUAA